AUGAGAUACUCAACAGCCUGCUCCGCUUGUCGGACUCGGAGGCGGAAAUGCGAGGUCCCCGUACCAGGUGCUCAGUGCGUGUACUGCGCCACCCAGAACAUCUCCUGUUCCCGUGCCGGCUCCGUCAUUCACCCCAGGAUAAAACAUCCGCAUCCUCACCCUUAUCAGCGCUCGCAUCCACAUCCGAACUCCAACCCCACGAGCCCUGUGUCUCCAGCUCCUCCGAUCGCCUCUCAUGCCACCGCCAACCUCGCCCACCUCGCCCACCUGAUAGACCCAGCAACUGUCGCCUCUUCUGUUCCCUCCGUUUCCUCGGCCCAAUCUCCCCCCUCCGCUCCCUCCGCCCCCAAGCCCCAGGUCAUCUCCCCGGCCGCCGUCGUCCAGGACAAGGCCCUGUGCUUCGAGCUCGUGGAACUUUACUUCAAGUACAUCCACGACCAGCUCCACUCCCUCUUCCACCGACCCAGCUUCAUGCUCGAUCUCCACGAAGGCACCGCUCCUCUCAUCCUCGUCUACGGCAUGAUCGCUCUGUCGGCUCGCUUUUCCUCGAAUCCCGUCUUUGCCGGCAUCCCUCGUAUGGCCCGCGGGGAGCAGUUUGCUACCGAAGCCAACGUCCUCCUGAACCUGCGCGAUGUGUCCCUGGCCACCAUCCAGGCGUGCGUCCUGCUCGGCGCCAUCAGCAUAGUCGAGGGAGAGGCCGCCGCCGAGUCGGUCUUCUAUGCCGCCGCCUGCCGUAUUGCCAACUUUCUCGACUUGCCUAAUAUGCCCACGCCAGAUCCCCUGCAGCGGGAGAUUCACAUCCGAGUGUACUGGUCGCUCUGCAUGAUCGACGUUUGGUCGUCCACCGGCGUCAACCUCCCUCGCCUCAUGAACCGACGCCAUGACGUCCCCCUGCCCAUGAACGAGUCCACCUUCCUGAACAUGAGCCGCGCCAGCAGCAACCCCUUCGACUUUAUCCUCUCUCCCAACCGCGAAGACUCCCUCCUCGCCCAGAACAUCAAGCUCAACGGCAUCCUCCUGCGCGUCAACGACGCCAUCAAGGCCCUGACCUCCGACUCGACCGUCACCAACAUCGACGAGACCGUCUCGGCCCUCUCCCAGGAACUCAAGGCCUGGGAGAUCGCCCUGCCCCCCACCAUCCGCGACACACCUUCCAACCUGCACGCAUUCGCCUCCCAGGGCCAGGGCCGCAUCUUCAUCGCCGUCCACGUCAGCCACUACCACUUCAGCCAGCUCCUCUUCUACCAGUACCUCGACGAGCAGCGCCGCUACCCGGACUCGCCCACCGCCCAGGCCUUCGCCCGGAAGUGCAAGGACAACGCCGUCGCCCUCUCCCGCAUCAUCGACCUCGCCAACACCACGCCGGGCUGCGACUGCUUCUUCAACAUGCUGGGCCACAUCAUCGUCAUCACCUCCUCCGUCUUCAUCCACACCCUCCUCUUCGAGACGGACGAGGCCGAGAUUGCCGCCGCCCGCGCCCAGCUGGAGCGCAACUUCAACUCGCUCGUCACCCUCCGCCAGUACUGGCCCGCCCUCGAGGUCUGCUUCGCCCGCCUCAAGACCUUCCACGAGCUGUGCCGCAAGAGCACCGACGACACCUACCGCAUGGACCGCUGGAUGCUGCGCUUCCUGACCGAGUUUGCGCGGCCCAUUGACGAGAGGGAGAGGGACGAGGAGGCCAAUGUGGACCGGUGGAGCAUUGGCAACAUUGGCAUCAGCCCGGAGAACUGGGCGUAG